GUCUCCUUGGUUACAACCAGGAAGUAACACAGUGUCUUUAGCAUGUGAACAGAUGUGACUUUAAACGUUUCAGUCCUGUUGUUCUCUUUGCCUUCAACUUUUACCAACUGUAGCUCCUCUCUGACAGACAGAUGAGUGGGAGCUGUGACGACAUCAAACCUGUGAACUGCACCAUCAAACCUCCGGUCUACCUGCAGAUUGGAGACACCAAAACAGACGCAGCUCACUCUGGAGUCUGUGUUGUAGACGUCGCCCUCCCCUUUGGAAAGCCCGUCAGUAUCGAGGAAAUCACCUUUAAGAACUACUACACAGCCUAUGUGACUGUACGGUUGCUGAGGAGGAGUCCGGGGCAGGAGGCCCCUGCCAAGUGGUGCACCGCCCUGAGAGACCUUCCUCUGAUGGACAACCCCCACACUGAGGGCGGCUCCCAGGACUACUGCUCCAUCCACAGGACACAGAUGCAGGUGGCGCCGGAUCACGUGGUGUCUGUGAGACUGAUCCUGAGACAGCCGUCCUCUGCCUGGCUGACCUUCAGCCUCGAAGAGAUCAAAAUAUUCCCUCACAUGGAGCCGGACCCAGAGAAGGAGGUUUCUGAUUGGCUGUCUGACCUGACGCUGGUCGACCAUCAUCCUGACCUGGAGGGCCUCCCAGACCCCCAGACUGUAUCAUCCAGUAUCCAGCAGAUGUGGGCUCUGACUGAGGUGAUGCAGACCAACCAGACCACAGCCUCCAUCGGACGGUUUGAUGUGGACGGAUGCUACGACAUCAACCUGCUCUCCCUGACAUAACAUGGUCGUCGUGUUCUGACAUGGAGCCCUCUCUGGAGCCACUGAGAGCAACAGAGGAAACGAACAAAAGAAAAAGUUGAAUGUAUGUGUUGCUGGAGUGACGAGGCAUGAUGUCACUUUAACUAAUAAGAGAACUGUCAUGAUUUAAACCUCGAUCACACCAAGACGCAUCACAAGAGACACGGCUGCUUCAAAAACAUCUUGGCUGUGUGUCAGGUAAAACAGAGUGGUGCCGCUGUAGAGCGGGGCAGCGAGUGCAACCAGGUGAUCAGAUGUGAUGAACAGAAACACAAAUGUAUCUCCUGUAAUCUCUCCUACAUGUUGUGUUGCUUGCUGUCUCUCUACAGUAGCCCACAUGACAUUAUCACAACAUGACAUAUUUAUUUCCUCUGACUUUGUAACUGUCUCAAUGUGGCUGUAGAAAUUCAGAGUCCAUGACUACACCAAGAUUUCUGGCUUGUUUUGCGGUUUUCAACAUUGAGCGGUGACUUUUGAUUGUUCCUCUUCGGCUCUAAAAACAAUGUCUUCAGUUUUUUCUUUGUUCAUUUGGAGAAAGUUAUGUCCAUCCAGUCGUUCAUUGUUUACAGCCCUCAGUCAGAGUUUGUAUUGUACCAUAGUCCCCUGGUGAUAUAGUUAUCUAAAUUUGUGUGUCGUUUGCAUAAUUAUAGGAACAUAGUUUGUUAUUUUUUCAUAAUCUGAGCCAAUGGAAGCAUGUAGAUGUUAAACUGAAGAGGCCCCAGUAUGGAGCCUUGGGGAACUCCACAUGUCAGUUUUGUCUGCUCCGAUGUGAGAUUACCUACAGACACAAAGUAGUUCCUGUCCUUUAAGCAGGAAUAGAACCUGUUUAGUAGUGGGCAUAAAAGUCCCACCCAGUUUUCCAGUCAGUUUAGUAAUACGUUGUGGUCGACCGUGUCAAACACGGCACUGAGAUCCAGUAAUGCUAUGACUGAAAUUCUACCACUGUCUGUGUUUAAGUGGAAGUCACUGAAGACUAUAACGAGAGCCGUCUCAGAGCUGCGGUGUGGUUGAAACCUGUCUGGAAGACAUUAAAACAGUUAAAAAACACCAGAGAGGUUCACCUGGCUGCUCAUGCAACUCUGCAUGUGUUCACCGAUUCGUUUUUUAACAACAGAGUGCCCUUUAUCGUAAUUAGAUACUGCUGUCUUUAUAGUUCCUACCUACUUCAUCUACCAGCAUCAAAACAGCAGUAAAGCCUCUUGCUCGAUUUAAUUGGCUGCCUGGGUCAAAUGUGACAAUGAUGAGCGUUGCGACUCCUCACCUUGGGCUGAGAAGUCGGAAUAUUAAUAUUAUCUCUUAUGUGCGCCAAAAAGUGCUCAAAAAAUGCAACAUGUGGUUCAAACAAUGGUUUUGCUGGUAACACGUUUCUAGUAACGCAUCUUGCUGUGAUCGAGAUCUUAUUGUGACAUGUUUUUUUUUUUUUUAAAUUUUGGUCAUAAAACUACUUAUAUAUAUAUGCACCGAAACUACGGCAUGUAAGGUGUUUAAAUUAUUUUCAGAUAAAAGUAUGUCAUUGAGACGAAUAUUAACUGCACUUGUGUUUUUGGGCUAAAAAGUAUACUUAGAAAAAGCUUUAAUCCUGCACAUAGUGUCACUGUAUGACUUUGACUAGACUCAUUGUCAGGCAUCAAUAUUAAGUAUUCUUCUGUAACCUCCUGAAACCACUGGAGUACUUCAUCCUGGUAUUGUUUGACUGGUGUUUAGGUCGAUGAUGACGAAUGUUAAUGAGUCCCAUUCAUCGUGAAAACAUUCUGAAUACAAUCAUCUGUGGUUCUGACGAGACUCCAAAUGUAUAAAAAUAUCGGUAACAAGGGACAGAAUUCUGCAGAGUGUUUAUAUUUAAUGCCGUCCACUCUGAACACUGAGUGUGUCUCAAAUCUCAUACUUCCAUUAGUACACUUCAGUGUAGUACACUAUGUACACUACGUACCUCCUGCGUUGUGCACUAAUUGCAACAGGGUAGUGUUGUCUGUAAUCACGCUCUGCACUGACUGGAAGUGACAACAGCUCUCUUGUUUAACCGCCUCUUCUUCUUCUUUGUCUUCUUUUUGAAUUGCAAACAGGGUGGAGCAUGAUCGCAUUAACACUUGAUCUCCACCCACACAUAAACCAAACUUACGCCACAACGUCAAUGCUGAUUGAGAUGUGCCGCCGUAGCUAGGAGCAAGUUAGCUAGCUAGCGAAUGCUAACGUUAGCACUCGAAUUAUUGUUUGCGGUGCCAAAUCAUCACAGACCCAACAAACAUCACUGACAGCUUCCAUUCAACAACAGUUUUGGUACUUAGUGCAAAAAACAUGUAGAACGACUCCUUGUUGUCUCCAGCCGCCAUGUCACAAGUUAAGAAGUUUGUGACGUCAGAUAGAUGGCAACCCUCGAGGGUGAGAGGUGUCCGUCAUUCCACUCUCAACUUUUAGACCGUUUUGGGUGCGCCAGUAGUGCGCUACAUUUUCUCGUACUACGCAGUGUGAACACACUCGUGCACUCAGAAUAUUCAGUGUUUGUACAGAAGUGUGAGAUCUGAGACACACUGCAGGUGUUAGCACUGGAUUAUUUACCAGGUGUGUGUAUCAGUGCUGCUGACUUCUGUCUUUGUGAGGACCACCUCAGGUUAAAGACCCUGAGAGGACAGUUUUGGAAUGUGAGGACAUUUUGGUCCGUCUGUCGUCGAGAGGCUGUGAAGGUACGUUUUUAUUUUAACAUUUGGGUUGGUUCCGGUUGAGUUUAUGGUGAUGGUUCAUAUAAACCAUGUGUCUGUGAUAAUUAAAGGAACUGUAUACUA